AUAAAAAUGGGAGCCGUGACAUAUCAGCGCAUCGUCAGAGUUGUAAUAGCUCCGACCGAGCGAAUCAUCGUUGAGUUUAUUCCCGGAAUUAACACACGGUUUCAUCCCGCUUCGUCGAACCAGACACACGGCAACCAUGGAUGCUCAACAUGAGGCCUACGCGUCGACCCUCGACGUUCACCACUUCAAGCCCGACAAUGUCCCAUGGCGCAGGCUCGGCGAGUACUUUUGGCGGCCCAUCGAGGAUGGCUCCAACACACAGUACCGACUGGCCGUCAUUGAGAGUCUCAUUCCGCCCCACAAGGCCGGGCCCAUCUUUCACUUCCAUGAGAUGCACGACGAGGGAUUCUACGUGACAAAGGGCAAGGUCCGCUUCCACGUGCCCGGCCGUCCCGAUGUAGACGUGGCGGCCGGCGAGAUGGUGACGGUGCCCGUGCGCCUGCCGCACAAGUUCAGCAACCCGUUUGACGAGGAAGCCGUGUUCAUCAACACGGCGACGCCCGGCUUCUUCGUGCGCUACUUCGAGCAUCUGGAGAAUCUCAUUGGCGAAGGCAAGGUGCUGACUCCCGAGGUCAACGCCGACGCGCUCAAGCGCUUCGCUACGAUUCCGCUCCCAGCCGCCGACGUCGAACGUCUUCAGGAGAGGGGCAUGAAUGGCGAGAGGCUGAUGAAGGGGUUCCAGAACGGGGGGAAGGAGGCUGGUGAACAGGCGCAUCGGGCGGUGAUGUAG